UGUUAUGUGCAGCGCGCAAUCACGCUCCCAACCCUCUACGCUGACCUGCGCUCCCCCCAGUGCCACAGGCUUUGAUUUGAUCCUCCUCUCGGAACAAGCUCACCCCCAGCCCCCUAGCCAGUUGUCUUCGGACUGCACGGGUGUCCACAGAACAGGUCCUUCUGCUCCAUGGCCGGGAAUUCAGAGCCAUCAUCCUGCACUCCCGGGGCACCCACAAUAGGGCCAUAUCCACGCAUUUGCCCUGUUGGAGAACAGGUACUCUCUCUGGUGCACUGUCAGAUCGACCUCUUCAGGUGAUGGUGCGCGGCCACCGCCCGCCGCCCCUGGCGUGCAUGUGUGGGCUCCCCAAAUUGUGCCGGGGAGGGGGCUUUAGGCAACGCGCUGCCAUGCAGCAGCAGCAGCUGAAUGCAAGCCUAGCAAUACCGAGACGGCUCUGAAAUUCACAACUUCUGCUACUAGAGACUUCUGGAAAUUCUCUCUAGAUCAUUCGUUGUUUGAGACGGGCACAGAACAACUGCCAGAUCUGGAUGAAGAAACCCUACAUUUUAAGCAGAGCAGGCAAAAAUCGGCCUUUGCUAGGGGGCUCUGCUGCUGGACAGCGGGAGGGGGGGUGUCGGUGCUGCAGGAUGCCUCCAGCCGCGCCGGGCUGGCUCCAUUCCAGCUUCCCGCCUUGGGCAUCAUGAGUUACUUCCUGUCUUACUGCAAAGCUCACGGCAGCUCUCUUCUCACGGGCUACCAGGCCCUACGUGCUGAAGGCUUCUUGUGCGACGUGAUACUGGAGGUCGGGGGCAGUGAGUUCCCAGCGCACAGGUCACUUCUGGCAUGCUCCAGCGACUACUUCAGGGCCCUGUUCAAGAGUCACACUCAGGAAUCACAGGCUCAUGUAAUUCACCUGCACGUGCCAUCAGCGACCGGCCUGCAGCGUCUGCUGGACUUUAUCUACACUGCCUGGCUGCCCCUCUCCAUGGACACCGUGGAGGACACUCUGGAGGCUGCCAGCUACCUGCAAGUCACGGAGGCCUUGGGGCUGUGUGGCCACUACCUGGAACGUCAGCUUGCCCCAGAGAAUUGCUGCUUCACUGCCAAUGUGGCUGCUCGCUUUGGCCUGGCUCACACCCUUGGUGCAGCUGAGCGCUGUAUUGUGCGCCACCUGCGGGAGCUGCUACUGAUGGGCGCUGGCCCCUCGGGACUGCUGGAACUCAACCCUAUAUCGAUGAAAGUUGUGCUGGGUGCCCCUGAUGUGGCACGGGUGGCUGAGACGCAGCUGCUGGGCCUGGCACUAGCCUGGCUGAGGCAGGAGCCUGCGACCCAGCGCCUGGCACACAGUUCAACACUGCUUGGAUGUAUCCGCUUUGGCUUGGUGCCUGCGGGCGUGUUGAGGCGCGUGUACUCAGGCUCUGGUCUUACUUUACCUACUCGGAUCAAGGGCCUCAUCAUCCAGGCCCUCAAUUACCACACAGCACCUUCUCGCCAGCCGCUCCUGCAGGGAGAACAGACUAGUAUCCGGAGUCCCCAGACACGCAUCUUACUGGUUGGUGGUCUUAGAGCGAGGGAGACUGUUACUGAAGAAAUUGUGGUCCUACCAGAGGUAGUUAGGAAUCGACACCCUGCACCUGAACCGGAGGAAGAGGAGGAAGAGGAGGAAGAAGAGAUGAAGGAGGAGGAGUGGGAGCUCACCCAGGAUGUGGUGUCCUUUGACGUGUACAACCACAGCUGGCGCAGCCUGACGCGGCUGCCGGCACCGCUGCUAGGCCACAGUGUAUGUGCCAUGGGCAACUUCCUAUUUGUCCUCGGAGGGGAGAGCCUUUCUGGUAGUCCACCUAGCUCCCUGGCAGAUGGCCCAAGGUUUGUCACAGCCUCAGUGCAUCGUUAUGACCCGCGCUUCCACACUUGGACAGAGGUGCCCGCCAUGCGAGAAGCACGGGCCUAUUUCUGGUGUGGAGUGGUAGGUGACAAUCUCCUGGCUGUUGGGGGUUUGGGCUCCUGUGGCGAAGCACUGGCCUCAGUGGAGAUGUACGAUCUGCGCAGGGACCGCUGGGUGGCAGCUGGGGAGCUGCCGCGGGCACUGCACGGUCACGCAGGUGCCGUUGGAGACCACGGUGUCGUGUACAUCUCUGGGGGCAAGGCUGGGAGAGGUGAAGGAGGCACAAGUAGCCUCCGGGAUAUGUAUUCCCUUAGCCCCGGAGAAAGGGCAUGGAGGAAGAGGGCACCCAUGGGCACAGCUCGCUAUGGGCAUUACCUUGCGGUGUUGAGAGGCGCAGUGUUUGCCUUUUUGGGAAGAUACGAGCCCUUCUCUGAGAUUGAACGCUAUGACCCCAACACAGACCAGUGGACUCGGUUGCGGUCACUACCCUACGAUCGUUUCUGCUAUGGACUUGCUGUGGUAGAAGAGACUGUGCUGCUACUGGGCGGUCUCAAGUGGCGGGAUUCACGCCAGGUGCCAACCCGUAACGUUGUGGGCUAUGACCUUGACCUGGACCGUUGGGAAGACAUAGGCUGUGUAUUGCCCUGGGCUUGGAGUGGCCUUCGGUGUGCAGUGCUGCAGCUGGCGGAGUGUGGGGAGGAGACAAGGGAGGGAGAGCCUGGGGAGGCACUAGAUUUAGUGUUGGGUUGAACAGGUGAUUCCAGUCCUCAGAGGACCCAAGAGAAAGCUGUCCUUGACCUUGCCAGCAGAGAAGAGUCCCCCCCCCCAAGAUUGGGACUCUGAUAGAGCAGUUCUGAAGGGUAAGGAGGCAAACGUGACUUUAGCCAAAGAAUAACUAUCCCCUUCAACUGGAAAUGGUGGUCAGGAAUGGUCAAACGCAAUAUGAAUCAGCUGUAGUUAAAUGAAGAGUUUUCAGACAAACUCACCCUGUGCUAAAGGUGGACUUUUGCAAGUAAAAUAGAACCUUAUCUCCCUCCCUAAACUGUUUUCCAGGUGCCUGUGAUUACUUUCAUGUCUCCCUUCUAAAAAUGUACAAUUAGUUACAUGCAAACCACAGAAAAUUGUUGCUUGUAACAGGUGUAAUAGUCCCACAAGACAGUAUUACCUGAUGGAAUUGUGAAUGUGUACGCGCGUGCCCGGCUUACACAGCACGGAACGGUUGUACAGAGGAGACUGACUUUUACAGUCAGGGCCACGGGUAGAGCUCUGCUCCAACAGUUUCAUAUCGAUAUGGAACUGAGAAGGAGAAAAAAUCUCAGAAAAAGCAUUUCUUUGAGAAAGUACUCUUGGUUAAUUUUUUCCUGUUCCUUUUCCAUCUGCUUUUACACGGGCUGGAGGCAGCUUAUUAGUUUAGACAUAGUUCAGCAACCCUUAACCACAAAAUGCUGCAUUUGUAAGAUGAAAAUUAGCUGAUUUUUGGUGGCUUACUCCCUCCAGUCCCUGAAGGCUCACAGAAAAAAAUGAGUAGGUGAAGUCUACAUGGUUAUGUCAGGCCAGUGGAAAGACAGCUUAGCUGGGGUUUUCAAGGUCUCAUAGGAGACCUUGGUAAGCUGUGAACAGGUGUUACUUCUGGCUUGGGCUGUCAGUGAGGUGGCAAAGUGAGAACUUGUAAGUGGGGCGGUGGUAGUGAGGGUGGCUGUGUGAUUAUGUCACCGAGGACUGCGGUAAGCCCUCUGUAUGAAUAAAGUCGGUGCUUUAUAAGGAUUUAUUAGGGGCUGAAUUUCUUUGACUUCAGUUUACAGUACUGCCUCUCCCCUAGACCCGAAACUAAGGCAAGGAAAUGUACAGAUAUAUAGUGUUAAAAGGUCUCUUUCAUGCUAGGCUAGCCAUGAGUCUAGUGAAAUUCAUUAGUUUAAGUUUUACCAGUAAAGCAACAGCUGACUUUACAAAAGCAGAAGCUGCUUACUAGUAACAGAGCUCCUUUCCCACCAGCUGCUUGUGGUUCGCAGGCCUUUGUCCACUGUAUAUGACACAUCCAUCAUGUACAGAUAUUUUUAAGUGAAGAUACACAUUGGUCUAGUAAACAUCAAUAUGCCUAAACAACUGUAACAAGCACACUUCUUUUUAGGACAAGAGGGAUUUUUUUGUUUGUUUUUUCUCUCUCGCUCUUUCUCUCUUUUACAUACACAAAAUCCCACAAAUUUAAUGUGUGUCAAUAACCAUGCAGUAAAUAAAUGUUUUUACAAAUAGGGUUUUUUUAAAUGAUAAAAAUAUUACACUGGACUCAAAAUUCCAUACAAACAUUAAUGCGUGGUUUCUCAUCCAUUUUGAGUAAAUAUAGGAUUACUGAAAGUGUGCUGUAGAAAGGCCACUCUCCUGUACAGUUGUGCAAAGUCUGCAAAACGAUAGUGAUUUAAUGUGAUUUCAAAAGCAAAGAAAAAGAUUCCGCUGUGAAGCUUUUACU